AUGCUAUUCGGGAUACCGAAGUUGGACAAACUCGAGUUGACGACGCAUCUGCUCGAUGAUCCCGUCGAUCGGCUCAACUACAAGGGAGCCGCAACUGUGAUCUUCUUUCUCGCCGCCAUGGUCUCAGCCAAACAAUUUACCGGAAAACCUAUCCAAUGCUGGGCCUCGGCCGAAUUUCCUGGUUCAUGGAUUGACUAUGCGCACGACUACUGCCUUGUCCAGAGCACUUACUUUGCCGCGCUGCCCGGCGAAAAAGCAAAUGUUACGGCGUUUGAAGGAGACGAGCUUGUUGGAGAAAAAGAGCCACAACAUUCCUACUAUCAAUGGGUGCCCGUUGUUCUCGCACUUCAAGCAAUCGCGUUUCUAAUUCCCAACUGGAUUUGGACAGCGCUAGUCAGCUUUUUUGGUAUUGAAUUGAAGGGUUGCAUCCAGUCAGCAGAGAAAGCCAGGUCGGCGACAGAUCGGGAUGAACGCUCCAAACACAUUGACAAUGUCAUUGCGGUUCUCGCUGAAGCCGUCGGCCUCCGGGAUCGAGAUCGUUACCGACAACGGGAUCGCUAUCACAAAUUUGGAGCCGACUACCUCUCAAACGCCAUUACAGCUUUGUACCUAUCCACGAAAAUGCUCUACGUGAUCAACCUACUUGCUCAACUGUCUGUGCUUAGCACAUUCCUUGGAUUCAAUAACAUCUUUUGGGGAUUAACGAAUGUCUAUGAAGUGUUCCUCGGAAGUGGUUGGGGAGAGACGGGCUUGUUUCCACGCGUCACUUACUGCGACUUCGGAGUGCGGGCGUUCCACGGCUGGAGACCAUACACUUUGCAAUGCGUUCUCAUCCUCAACAUGUUCAACGAGAAGAUUUUCGUCUUCCUGUGGUUCCUCUUAGCUGGGCUCUUGAUCAUCACUAGUGUCUCAACAUUCUAUGCCUUCUACAGCUACUUGAAACGAGAACAUAAGGAGAGAGCAGUCUUUAGGUGGUUAAAGCAUGCGCCUGACUUUAAUGAAGCUUACAUGCAGCGGUUUACUCAGGAUGUGUUGAAGUCUGAUGGUUUGCUCGUUCUCCGCUUCAUUGAAUACCACGCUGGCUUGUCUGUUGCUCGUGAAGUCGCAACAAAAUUAUGGAUUGAAUACAUCAACCCAUGCGAUGAUAACAGCACAAUAAUAAGCAUCCCACCAGAGAAGAACGGCGACGAGUUCAAUCGAAAGAAGAUUGGUAGCGACGAUUCGGACCUCUCGCUGAAGGCG